AUGUGGAGACGUACCUAUCUACUCUUGUUGUUGAUCCGUGUUUACUUCGCGUGGUCACCCAGCUAUCUGCAUCCCGAUGAGAAUUUUCAAGGCCCCGAGGUCUUCGCGGGUAAAAUCUUCGGAUAUCCCUCGCAUCUCCCCUGGGAAUUUACUGCCGACCUUCCGAUCCGCAGCGUCUUCCCAUUAUGGCCAACCUACGAGGUCCCCAUGAGCUUACUGAAAUGGUUUUACACGGAGGUUGGACAAGGAAAUCCACCACCACAACUGGUGUAUUAUGCACUGCGCGCUGGAAUGUUUCUGCUGAGCUUUGUGCUUGAGGACUGGGCCAUCUAUGAGUUGGUACCCUCCCCGCGGCACCGGCGCGCAACGGUUGUCCUGGUGGCCUCGUCGUAUGUCACCUGGACAUAUCAGACGCACACCUUCUCCAACUCCCUAGAGACCAUUUUGGUAGCCUGGGCUCUGGUUCUGAUUCGUCGCAUUGUUGAGAACAAGCACUCAUCCUUCUUCUCCUAUGCGGUCCUCUCCUUCAUCGCAGUGGCCGGUGUUUUUAAUCGAAUCACCUUCCCUGCGUUUCUGUUGUUCCCGGGUCUACAAUUGCUCCCGUACUUUCAGCGCAAACCAUCCUCCCUGGCGGUUUUCGUCGGCUUUGGGCUUCUCUUUACCUCGAUCGCAAUCUUUAUCGAUACCUCUUUCUACCGACCCUCUGCAUCAUUCUUGGAUAUUGUGCGCAACCCAAUCAUCACCCCUCUUAAUAAUAUCCUCUACAACUCCGACUCGACGAAUCUGGCAAUCCAUGGUCUUCACCCACACCACCAGCACUUCGUCGCAAACCUCUUCCAGUUACUGGGCCCUGCAUACAUCGCAAUGAUUCUCUCACUAUUCAGCUGGCCGAUUGUGCCAUCCUGGAUGCGUAAUACCCGUGCCUUGUCUGCAGUCUCAGCCACAGUCCUACUCUCCAUCUUCCCCCACCAGGAACCACGCUUCUUAAUCCCUUGCGUCCCCCUCCUCCUCAGCUGCGUCCGCAUGCACCGAUCGCGCAUCUUCCUUGCCACAUGGGUAAUCUUCAAUGCCGCAAUGGGUUUCUUAAUGGGUGUCUACCACCAAGGAGGUGUUGUUCCCGCCCAACUCGCCAUGCGCUCCAUCGUUGAAUCCAACACCGUCGCCCAAGGCAUAAAUUCUCAUCCAGACGCAACUGUCUUCUGGUGGAAAACCUAUUCCCCUCCACACUGGCUUCUGGGUCCUGAACAAGGAAACCACACCGGCCAAAUCGAGACUGUCGAUCUUAUGGGAAUUCCAGGUCUAGAUAUGAUUCAUCAACUAGACUCCACUGUUCCCUCAUGCCCUUCCUCAUCACCUGUUUACAUUGUCGCUCCUACCUCAGCUACAUUCCUCGAUACCUAUACGUCCCUUUCCGAACCCCAUGAUCCUAACCUCCAACUCUACCGCUUAUGGUCUUACCGUAAGCAUCUCAAUCUAGAUGACCUUGACUUCGGCGAAGAUGGGGUUCUCGAUACUCUGAAAAGAGUUAUUGGGCGUCGGGGUCUAGGCGUUUGGUCUGUGAGGAGGACAUGUAAAUGA